AUGGCAGGAGACAAAGACACUCCUACUGCCGAUGCCUCGGAAAGCGAUGUAACGAAAUCAACAGGCACUUCUGAUGCUGAAGACGGCAUCAAGGAGAAGCCCAAGGGCAAGGAAACGGCCAAAGUUAAAACAAAAGUUGAUAAGUCCACUAAGCCUCCGGAGCUGUCCUGGCCUUCAGAAUCAAACUUAUGGUGCCAUUCCAACGGACGAUCUCAUGCUCAUCUCUUGGAAUUUGGCAUUCACGAAUGUCCAAUUUGCGAACAAGCACUAGACCUGCCAUCACCCGUGGGAAUACCUGGUAAGGAUUCCGAUCAGAAAUCUUAUCAUAAACGGAAAUACAAGGCUAUCCUCCACGCUGUCGAGUACCGAGACAAUGGAAAUAAUACAAUCGGCAGUGAACCUUGGGAGGGCGAAUUUGAUCUCGACAGUCUGGGUCUGGCGGAUAGUCCAGCUUUCGAGAUCGUUACUGUACUUCUGACUUCGAUCCAGGCUAACACUCACCGUCAGGAUUGGGACGCUGAGAGGCUGAUCGAAUCGAAGAUUCUAAAAAAGCCAAACAUGAGAGCCAAGGUUAUAUCGAAGCGUCUGACUGUUCACUCAGCACCAUUGCUAGAGAUCCUCAGACGUUACGUUUCCUAUUAUCCGUCAGCGACAGUGGAUUCUUCUGCGUUGUGGUUAGAGGAGCCCUUUGCCUUGGUUGCCCAUCACUAUAAGGAGAUCAAAGCGCACUUGGAUGCAAACAAGGCCAACAUUGUCCAGGAAAGCGCGGAUACAGAAAUUGAAAACAUCAAAAAGGGCGAAGAUGAGGAAGUUACCGGGCUACGACAUCUUAGCUGGCUUUUAGACUUUUUCCAGAAAGCUGUUUUGGACGAUAUGAUCAACGAAGAGAAUCGUCAUGCAGACGAGAUGUGUACUUUCCGAAUGCUAUGGUUGCUGUUCAAGCCGGGAAUGACAGUUUAUCACGAAACAGAUGGCCAUCUAGGUGCAUAUGUCUUGGAAUCAGUUGAUACAGAUCCUAGUAUCUUGUCCAUCCUUCCGCCCAUACGGCCAAAGCCUUACACGAUCAAGGUUUGGAGUCUUGACUUUGAUGGGAAGUACGUCGGACGAGUUGGAAAGACUAUAACCAUCGCCCCGUUCGAAGGAGUGCGACCCAUCAGAUCUCUACAACUCGUACCGUGCCACAUCAUUGAUCGAGAUGACGGUGGGAAGUGGAAGAAAACAUUAGAGGAGAAUGGGAAAAGGUGGUAUCAGUUACUUCCUGGAGGUCAAGUCCAUUACUCUGGACCUGUUCUAGGCACAACAAAGCGUCAGCUUGACGGUCGUGUCUACAUCGACCAUGCCUCAUACAUAACCUACUUGAACGAAAGGCCAUCCGAAAAACGCUCACAAGACCGUGACUACGAUUCAGACAGCAGCUCUUCCUCCUACGAUAGCAGAAAUCGUAUACGCAGAAGAUUAUCGCCUUCAGCCGGCCCUAGGUUGGGAUAUGUGCGAGAUAUGGGUGGAAAAGGUCUCUCAAAGUGUCAAUGCGAAGACUGUCGCGGUUUGAGACCCCAUCCGCCCCCUGGAUUUCCUUGGAUUGAUUACGAUAUACUGGAUCCUAUUGUAGAGAAAGACCUCACUAUUCCCGGCGCAAAGGAAGGUCCAGGGCAUCGAUACAUACUUUGUGGACGGUUGUUGAGGGGUUUCGACCUCAAAACAAGAACAUGGGUCCAGUUAGACGUUACCUACUGUAACCCGCCGCGUGCCAACAUAAGGGCUAUCGAUACUCUCGUCAUGCCAUCCGAAAGGAAGGACAUGAUUAAAGCGCUCAUACAAAAGUUCACGACUAACGAUCUAGACAAAACACGACAGCAAGCGUGGAGAGCCGACUAUAUCGAGAACAAGGGUGAUGGUAGGAUAUUUCUGCUACAUGGAAGUCCUGGAGUUGGAAAGACAUAUACAGCAGAGUGCAUUGCCGAGUACACAGAAAGACCUUUGUUGUCUUUAACCUGCGGAGACAUUGGUACAGAUGAAGUCAAGAUGGAAGCCCAACUCUCCAAAUGGUUCCAGCUGGCUGAGAAAUGGGGUGCUGUUAUGUUGAUUGACGAAGCAGACGUUUAUCUUGAGAGACGCCAAGUUACCGACUUGAAGAGAAACAGUCUUGUUGCUGUCUUCCUACGGUGCAUUGAAUACUACCGAGGCAUCCUCUUCCUAACUACCAACAGAGUAGGCCAAUUUGAUGAUGCUUUCAUCUCCCGAAUCCACGUCAUCAUACAUUAUGAGAAGCUCAGCGCUGAAGGCCAGAGGAAGGUCUGGAUGCAGUUCUUUGACAAGCUCGAUUAUGAUCGUGAGGAUUUCAAAGUCACACGGCGAGCCAAGGACUAUAUACUUGAGGAUGGGGCCAUCAGCGAAAUGGAAUGGAACGGAAGAGAGAUUAGGAAUGCCUUCCAGACUGCUGUUGCCUUGGCAGAUUACAGAUACCAACAAGGUUCUGCGAACCAAAGACAACCGACUCUUGACCAACGCGACUUUGAGCAGGUUUGCGAGAUGAUGAAACAAUUCAAGAGUUACUUGGUGAAUGUCCAUAAUAUGGACGAAGGGCAACGAGCUUUCAAUGCGGGCUCUAGAGCGUUAGCUGAGUUUUAG